AUGCAAUAUGUGAUAACUAAUAUUUUUAGACAUUAUGAUUUCAAUUUGGAUAAAACAAUCUAUCUAUUUACGGCUGGACGUUAUGAAUUUACAAAUAAAGGUGGUGAUUUUUUCAUCGAAGCAUUGGCACGAUUAAAUUAUCGCCUUAAGACAUCAACUGAUCCCAAUUGUAAAGAUGUCACUGUGGUUGCAUUUGUUAUUUAUCCCGCUGCAGCAAAUUCAUUCAAUGUGGAAUCGUUAAAAGGUCAAGCGGUAUGUAAGCAAUUACAGAGUACAGUAUCGAGAAUAAAAGAGAAUUUAGCAUCCAGAAUGUUCGAAUCAUGCUUGAAAGGUCGCAUACCAGAAAUGGAAGAUUUGCUACUUCCGGAUGAACGUAUCCAAUUAAAACGUUGCAUAUUGAGUGCAAAGCGUGAUACUUUGCCUCCGAUAUGUACGCAUAAUAUGCUUGAUGAUGCCUGUGAUCCUGUAUUAAAUGCUUUCCGUCGUACCCAACUUAUAAAUCAACCGUUUGAUCGUGUUAAAGUAAUAUUCCAUCCGGAAUUUCUCUCAUCUGUUUCACCUUUAAUGAAUUUGGAUUAUGAAGAUUUUGUCCGCGGUUGUCAUAUGGGUGUUUUUCCGAGUUACUAUGAACCAUGGGGUUAUACACCAGCUGAAUGUACCGUAAUGGGUGUUCCAUCAGUUACAACCAAUCUCUCAGGAUUUGGAUGUUUCAUUCAGGAGCAAGUACAAGAUCCACAUACAUUCGGGAUUUUUGUUAUUGAUCGUCGAUUCAAAGAACCAAAUGAAUCGAUUGAUGAACUGGCAAAAACUCUUUAUGAUUUCACAUUACUUUCUCGACGUCAACGUAUUAUUAUGCGAAACCGGACGGAACGACUGAGCGAACUAAUAGAUUGGAAAACUCUCGGAACAUUUUAUCGGGAAGCACGACGGAGAGCAUUAGAAGUUACAAAUCCAAAUUUCGAGCAAGUAAUUGAAGAAACUGUAAAAAAAAUGUCUCGUCCAACAUCGGCACUAUCAACACCGGCUGCAAGUCGAUCCGUAUCACCCUCUGAUAGCGAUGAAUCAGAUGCCGAAGAACAGGAAGCAUUUGAAGCAAAAGCAUGGAAUGAAGCUAAUUAG